CUGGUGUAGAGGGGAACUCGCGGACUGUGAAGCUGCUACAGGCUGGUGGCCAGAGAUUUUUGCGGACUCACUAAAAUGCAGCAGCUGGCUCACAUUGCCUGCAGGAGUGAGAGGAUCUGACUACACUCCAUCAUUGAUACAAAAGGGGAAGAAUUAUAAGAAGAUCCUAGGUCUCACCAGGGAGAUCAUUCAGCUGCUGACUGGAGAGGUUCCUAUAAGAUAUGAGGACAUCACGGUCUACUUUACCAUGGAGGAGUGGGAGUAUGUAGAAGGACACCAGAACCUCUACAAGGAUGUCCUUAUGGAGAAUGCUAAUCUUAAAUCUAAUGGUGACCAUGGUAUUACAAACGCAAAGACCAUGGAUCAAGAGAGGAAUAACAUUGUUGAGAAGAUAUUUAAUCUCACUAAAGAAAUCAUUCACCUGCUGACUAAAGAGAAAUAUAUGAUAAUAUGGGAUUGUGGUACUAACACUACACCCAGUAACAUGGAUGAAAGUUCAUGGAAAUCAUUGCUACCAUCACUGAUACACGAGAGGGAGAAUGAUGGGAGGAUCCUAGAAGUCACCGAUAAGAUAAUUGAGCUGCUGACUGGAGAGAAUUCGGUUAGACAUGAAGACUUGAAGGUAUGUUUCUCCAAGGAGGAAUGGGAAUACGUGGAAGGACACAAGGAUCUCUAUCAGAGCAUCUUGAAGAGUGAAAUACUUCAGGCCCAUGAUGCUUCGUCUUCUUCAGAUUUCACAGAAGAAAAGCCACUCACAUGUCCGAAACAAAGCAAAGAUUCCCCAGAGAGCUCCUGUGUCAUGAUGCAAAACCCAGAAGUGGUGAAGUCCAGAAAAUCUUGUCAUCAACAAAAUAUGGAAAAACAUAAAGAGAACCACAAAAACCAAACACCUGUUUCUUGCUGUAAAUGUGGAAAAUCACUUAAAAGAACUAAAGUUGAACAAAUGGAGAUAGAUACAGCGGACUUUACGGAGAGGAAACAGUUCUGCAGAAAAUGUCUAUUAGGCAAGAGAGAUAAGGAAAUCAAGAAUAGGCCAUUUUGUUGCAUAGAGUGUGGUAGAUGUUUUUCUAACAAGGGAUGUCUUGAAGAUCAUCUAAGUAUACAUACUUUGUCAAAAAGCUUCCCAUGUUCAGAAUGUGAUAAAGUUUUUACUAACAGUGCCUUUUUUUGAGAAUCAUAUGAGAAUGCACACAGGAGAAAAACCUUACAAAUGUGCAGAGUGUGGCAAAUAUUUCAGUACUGUUGGGAAUCUUAAAACCCAUAACAGAGUUCACACUGGUGAGAAACCCUUCCCAUGCUUGGAUUGUGACAAAACCUUCAGGUAUAAGUCACACCUUGUUGCCCAUCAAAAACGUCAUAAAGGAGAAACACUGCAGUGUUCAGAGUGUGAAAAAUGCUUUGUCUAUCAG